AUGUCCUUCGCAAUUCUCCCAGCCAAACCGCAGGCUCCAGUUUCUUACAAGCUCAUCGAGAGCCAAAAUAUCCAUCCGGAUUCUUCACUCAUCGUAUUCAUUAAUAGUCUUGGUUUACCAUCUGUAUUAUGGACUCCCACAAUUGCUCUGCUUCAACGGUCCACUAGUUCUGUAAAGCCGAGCAUUUUGAAAUACGAUCGCUACGAUCAGGCUGCCACGACCUCUCAAGAUUCAGCCGAUAACAUACCAGAAAAAGACCAUAGAUAUGGUCACGAUUUGCACCAUGCAGUCAGCCAUCUUAACGAGCUAAUCCUAGUCACUGUCCCGAGGAACUCCAAGCUCGUCCUAGUUGCAGCUAGUAUUUGUGUUCAUAUCGCUCGACUCUACGCUCAAAAACACGCAGCUACUGUGGAAGGUCUCUUAUUCUUGGAUCCAAACAUCGGCAAUGCCGAAGCUACGGAUCUUUGGCCAAAUUCUCAUACUCCUGACUUUAAAGAAAGCAAUGUGUUAGGAGAUGAUUUUGUGCUGGAGCAACACAUCGAAGCGGUCAUGGUUAUGGUUAUUGGGCAUGAACCUGAACCUUUUGCAGAAGAGAUGUGGAAGAUUCUAAAGAUUACCAAGAGUAUUGACAGGAAGUAUACUCAAUUUGCAUGGCAACAAUACAAUGAAGCAUUGUUUAAUCUUAAUGAUGCUGAUCGUUCAACAAAUAAAGUCCUUGUUGCUCCUGGUUGUGGUCAUUUUAUUCAGAAGGACAAUCCUCGAUUUGUUUCUACGCAAUUGGAGGAUCCAAUUUCAAGAAUUCAGAUUUGA